UGCAACAAUGCUCCCUCGGCUUGUCUGUAUCAGUGAUUAUGAACAGCAGGCUAAAUUAGUUCUGCAGAAGUCUGUAUAUGACUACUAUAAGUCUGGGGCAAAUGAUCAGGAAACAUUGGCUGAUAACAUCGCAGCAUUUUCCAGGUGGAAGCUAUAUCCACGGAUGCUCCGGAAUGUCUCUGAAAUCGACCUGUCAGCGUCUGUUUUGGGACAGAGGGUCAGCAUGCCCAUAUGUGUUGCGGCCACCGCCAUGCAGUGCAUGGCUCAUGUGGACGGAGAACUGGCAACCGUGCGAGCCUGCCAAUCACUUGGAACUGGCAUGAUGCUGAGCUCCUGGGCCACCUCCUCAAUUGAAGAAGUGGCAGAGGCUGGUCCCAAUGCUCUUCGAUGGUUGCAACUCUACAUCUACAAGGACCGUGAAGUCACCAAACAACUAGUGCAGCGGGCUGAGCAGAUGGGCUAUAAGGCCAUAUUUGUGACAGUGGAUACACCUUACCUAGGCAACCGCUUUGACGAUGUGCGUAACCGAUUCAAGCUGCCUCCACAACUCAGGAUGAAAAAUUUUGAGACCAAUGAUUUAGCUUUUAGUCCCAAGGAAAACUUCGGAGACAACAGUGGACUUGCUGCCUAUGUGGCUAAAGCAAUAGACCCAUCUAUCAGUUGGGAGGAUAUCAAAUGGUUGAGAGGACUGACAUCGCUACCAAUUGUUGCAAAAGGCAUUCUGAGAGGUGAUGAUGCCAGGGAAGCUGUGAAAUAUGGUGUGGAUGGAAUCUUGGUAUCAAAUCAUGGGGCGCGACAGCUCGACGGGGUACCAGCCACUAUCGAUGUCCUGCCAGAAAUCGUGGAAGCUGUGGAAGGGAAGGUAGAAGUUUUCCUGGACGGGGGUGUGCGGAAAGGCACAGAUGUUCUCAAAGCUCUGGCUCUUGGGGCCGAGGCUGUGUUUGUAGGAAGACCAGUCAUAUGGGGCCUGGCUUCCGAGGGGGAGAGAGGUGUCCAAAACGUCCUUGAGAUAUUGAAGGAAGAAUUCCGUUUGGCCAUGGCUUUGUGUGGGUGCCAGGAUGUGAAAGCCAUCGACAAGACACUGGUGAGGACAAAUCCUAUGGCUGUUUCCAAGAUCUGACAGUGCCCAAUAUUUCCCAUCUGCACUACUAUUAUUAUUUUGGGGGGCAUGUAUGACUUGACAAAGAGACACUGUGCAGAGGGUGACCACAGUCUGCAAUUCUUCGCCUCGAGACAAAGGGUGUCGUUCUUCUCCAACAAAAUAGCAAUCCUUUUUAGUUCAUUGCAUUUGACUUUGCCAUGGGGGUCCUAGGAACCUUUAGGAAAGAAAUGGACCUGCAUCCUGGAAAUAUAUUAAGUGUUAAAAAGAAAACAUUGAAAAUGCGUUUAGACAACGUCCUCUGCUGGCAAGCUGAAGUGCUAAAGAUGAAAAGGUGCCCUUUGGCCAAACGGAAGGGAGCCAACUCGAUGGUGUCCAGGUCAUCGCCUCGCUGUUUGUUAACCUGUAUUGUUUUCAGAUGGCCUGAAAACAAAUUUCCCAUUGUAAGCUUGGGGUCCAACUGUUGGAAAAUCCUGGAUAGAAAUCCCUAGUGAGCGGAAUUCAGAAUAUCGAGAUGAUAUCCCUGAGGUGAUUUUGGAGGAGUGGUCAUAGUUUGGUAUCGCUCAAUAGACGUAGAAGGAGGGUCGUAAUCUGUGAUGUUCGAGACUCUUUUUAAACUCUGCUACUUGUCCGGAUGCAGAUUUCCAUCCACAGUAUCUCUAUCCACAGAUUUCCAUCGUCAGGACCUACAUAUAUCUGAUGAUUUGAUGAUCUAUAUUGCUCUUAUAACCAUAGAGAAAUAAUUUUUGAAAAAAACAAUCUCUCUGGUCCAUGUGCAGCAAUAUGAAAUUCAACCAUUUUAAUCCCUCAAUUGUACUUAUCUCCCUGCCCCCAUUGUGAACUCCUGCUAGUUCUCUUAUUCUUCUUGGCUCCCUUGGUUUACUUUUUUGCUUAUUUACCAUUUGGCGUCUCAUGCAGAAAGGGCCUGCUGAAUGAUUUGUGGGAUCCAGUACAAUAUGGAAAUGCAAGCUACCUUGUUCCUUUUUUUCUGUUCAUAUGAUCUCUUUCUUUCACAGUGUUUUUAAUUUUCAGUUCCAUGUCAUGCUGCCUUAGGCAAAAGAAUACUCACACGAGGAGAGAAAACACUCACAGGCAACUGAGAAUUUGUCCCUUGGUCCCAAACUUCUUUGAACCCAAGUCCAGUUCUCAGAAGGAGGUGGAAGUUGGUAGAGGUCUCUGGACAUCAGUCCCCGGGGGAAUGAGUAGCAGAGAACCCAUUGGGGGCAGUGAGAGAGGUGGUGGAGCGGGAGACUGUGUGAGCUGAGGCUCCACGCGGUAUUCCAUUUCUCUUCCCAUUCAAUUUAGGAAACAACAUUUUAAAGAUAAAACUAAUAAGAAAUUCAAGACAGUGACCAUACUGUGAAUCGACCCUAAGUAGAGGGCCCCUUCUGAACAUGGGACCCUGAAGAACCUGAACUGGAUCCAUGGUCAGGAAGCUGGUAUCCCAGUUAGCCAUUUGGCUAGGAUGGAAAUGAACUUGGUAGACCAAGUAAUUUUUGAAGUGUUUUUUUUUUUACCCUUUUCCUGGACUCUUGUCCAUUUUGAGAUCUUGAAUAAAACAAUUAAGAGAA